UUACAAUUUGAAGCCUAUUCCAAAUAUUGUCCCUUGUGGCUAUAAGCACGUGACACAAACUGUAUAUAAAGGUCCACUUGUUCAGCUUACAGUCAGCUCAUCUGUUUGCCUCCCUUGUUGAGACGGAUUUUUCCUUCCGUAGUCACUAACACACAGAAAAUGUACAAGUCUGUUGUCGCUGUUCUUCUCUUGGUCGCCAUGGUUACCGCCAAUGGUGGAUACGGAGGCGGUUACGGUGGAGGCUGGGGAGGAUUCGGUGGAGGAUGGGGAGGACUCGGUGGUGGAUAUGGAGGUAAAGGUGGAUGGGGCUACGGUGGAGGACUUGGAGUCGGCCUUGUUGGUAUUGGCGGAUUCGGUGGACUCGGCGGAUGGGGACGUGGCGGCGGAUACGGAUACGGAGGUGGAUACGGAGGCGGAUAUGGUGGUGGAUACGGUGGUGGAUACGGAGGUGGAUACGGAGGCGGCUAUGGUGGAUACGGCAAAGGUGCUGUCAGCGUUUUGCCCGUUGUUGGAGUCAGUGGUGGCUAUGGAGGCUACGGAUAUGGUGGAGGCAAAGGUUACUACUAGACUACAUAACCUCAAUCUUACAUUACAACACUUAAUACGAUAUAUGUUGCAAUAAAGUUAAUAGUAAAAUAAAUAA